AUGAGUGUGUUUCUCUUGAAUCUGUUGAAAUGGAAGGCCCAUCCGCAGCGACUUAAGGAGACCCUGCAUAGAAUCACCAAAGUAGGAGGUCAAGAGAUUGUACGGGUUCUUCAAGACAUCUUGGAUGCACUGUUCAACAUCCUGGACGAGAGAGCCGCAGACUUUGAGAGGGACGUCUUCGAUGCCCUGGUCUACAUCCUGGGCAUCUUGGGCGACACGCGAUUCAAGUCUUUCACCACCGUUUUGGACACCUACAUUGAGAACUUCUUUGCCAGCACGCAAGCUCACAUGUUUUUGGUGAAAGAACUGAAGCGUUACAUUGAUAACUCCAUGAUAGAGAAGGCUGAAAUUGUAGUCAGUACCCUCAAGGCUGUGCAGAACCUCUUCAAGUUUAUCUUCAGGUCACACGUCUUGUACCAGAGGGCGACGGGCGACUUCCACGACGGCAACAUUCAAGACAGCAUGCGGUGUCUGUUUGGCUCCAUGAACAAAUUGAUGACGCACACAGAGGACAAACUGCAACUGCAGCAGUUAAUUCUGUUGAAGAACUUCAGUCACAUAGCCACGGAGCUGCGGGUCAUGUACAGCACGCCGGAGGUCAGUCAGUUCAUCAUUGAGCUCUUGGAGCACAUGCCCGUCAAGGAUCUUCCCCCCGAAGUCCUGAAAGCAAAACUGGUCUUCUUGUCGGAAACCAUCGACAGCAACCUCUUCAAGGAGUCAAUGUCGAGAAAAUUCCUGCUGGAACCUUCCCUCAAACAGCUGAGGUUACACAUUGAGAAUCGGGAGGAGAGUGGUAUGUGUGUGAACAUCUUGAGCAGCAUGCUGGCAAGCCUCUACAAGAUAUCCAAGACGGAGUCUGUGGACGCUGACGUGAGCAUCAUUGUCAAGCUGCUGCUGGAGAGUAUUCUGAACAUGGUCAUGUCGCUUGAUUGGAAGACCAACACAGCGGUUCUAUGCAUCUCUUGUCUGCUGGACCUGCUGCGACUGAUGAAGGAAUCCCACUACCAGGAGCUGAAGGCCAGCCUGAGGGAACAGGAGAGGCACCGAGAAUUCCUCAAGAAGACCAUGAGGGUCUUCAAGGAGCUGUCUGCCAAGCAGUUCUACCAGGUGGACUGGAUGGCCAUGAGAAUGCUGGCCAACAGUGUGAUACUCGUUGCAACAAGGCGAGUGUCUAUCGAUCUGUCCAGCACAUUCUUGACUGCUGACAACGCUAAUGUAGAGAGUAUGCAGAGUUACAGCCGUGCAUCUGGGGGAGAAAAUUGGCUGGAAAGAAGAGUAGGGUACGAACUAUGGUUUGACUACUUCCGUCUAGCCUGUGUCUUCAUCACCCAGCCCUGUCUACAGCUCGACACUAUGACCCCAGCAAAGCGUGAUCGUAUCCUCAACCGGUACGGUGACAUGAGGGUGGACAUGGCCCAGGAGAUUGUCAGCAAGUGGCAGAGUCUAGGCGAUCACAAGAGUCUGUUCCGCAACCUGACCCGACCUUUCCUGGAGGUCACCAUGGUCAGACAGGCCGAGAUCCGUCGCAUCAUUCUGCCCAUCAUCUUUGACAUCAUGUGCUGCGAGAAACUGGAGAGGGGCAACUUCAACCAGCUGGAGGAUGAUCUGAUCGACAAGCUGGACACUAUGGUGUGUGUGGAGAAGAAAGGGGAUGAAAACUACACCGUUCUCUUUAAUCAAGUUCUACUGGAAUGUAUCGCCAGUCAGCCGUGGCGAGAGGAAGGCGAACAGUUUGUGGACAAGGUCAAGCGCUUGCUGGAGCGACUCAUCGACUACCGCAACGUGGCCGACACCAGCGUGGAAAACAGACACCUCCGGUUGAACUGCAUGUACAAUCUCAUGAAUUUCUACAAGGACGAUGCCAACCGCGAGGAUAUCUACGCCCGCUACAUCUACCGCCUACGAGACCUGCACCUAGAGUCCAACGACUACACCGAGGCCGCCUUCACCUUGCUGGUGCUGGCUACGUCCCUGGAGUGGAGGGACAAGCUGCUUCAAUCGGACGACAAACACCCGCAGCAGUCGGAGAUGCAGAGAAAAGAGGCGCUGUAUCACGAGAUCAUCAAUCUCAUGGACAAGGGAGAGAUGUGGGAGUUUGGAAUUCCUCUUUGCAAGGAGUUGUCGGUUCAGUACGAGAGCAAGCUGUUUGACUAUGGAAAAAACAGCAGGAUACUGCAAGCUCAAGCGUCGUUCUUUGACAACAUCCUCCAGAAGCAGAGACCGACUCCCACCUACUUCAGGGUCACCUUCUAUGGCAACUUCCCACUCAAGAGCAAAGCCUGGAUUUACCGCGGUCGGCCAUUUGAGCAGCUGGGCACCCUCUUUGAGCGGCUUCAGUCGGACUUUCCCCGCGCCAAGAACUGGCAGAAGAAUGAGCCGCCCACCAGCGCCGACUUGCAGAACAAUCAUCAGUACCUCCAGGUCAGAGCGGUCGACACCGUCCCCACAGACAACAUCUUCAAGGACAUGAAUGUUCCCAUCCGGAUCAGCAGUUUCUACGACACCCACAGGAUCAGCAAAUUCAAGUUUGACCGGCCCUUCCACAAGGGGGAGAAAGAUCCCGAUAAUGAGUUCAAGACAUUGUAUGUGGAGCAGACACAGUUAACGAUAGAAAACACCCUGCCCAGUCUCCUCAGAUGGGCUGAUGUCAUCGAGUCUGAAACGGUUGAACAGACCCCAAUCCAGAACGCAGUCAGCGUCAUGGAGAACAAGAACAAAGCCAUCCGCACCAUCACGGCCGAGAUGUAUGCCAAUCCUAACGGCAGCAUCAACCCACUCAGUAUGGUUCUACAAGGGACCAUUGACGCGGCCGUCCAGGGAGGGCCCAAGAAAUACAAACUGGCAUUCUUAAGCAAUGAGUACAAGAAACAGCAUCCAGAGGACAGUGACCUUUGUUUACAACUUGAAAGGCUGGUCUCGGAGCAGAUGCAGAUAUUAACCAAAGGGGUCAAUCUGCACGGCCAGCUUCGCACCGACAACUUGGCGCAAUUCCAGGAAAAUCUGGAGAGCAAACUGGCUGAACUCCGGAGAGACUUUGGCCUGUCCAGCGGGCCGAUCCGAACUUCCACCACUCCUACAUCAAAUGCAAAGAAGACGGCAAUAUUCCGUAAAUCAGUGAUGCCUGUUGCAACCUCGCCAAGCGGCAAGCCGCGCAUCAGCUCCGAGGAGCCGACCGGUUCCAGCAGGUUCUACCUGGAUUCCAUUACUGAGAGCAACGCCCCGGUGUCCCCCACACAGCUAGGGUUAGCGGACAGACGUUCCUCCCAGGACAACUCACCCAUCAGACGAGGGCGGGCUACCAUAGCGACCACUCGACAGCACACCGAGCAGAGCAGCUCCCGGGCUAGCAAGAUUGUACCAAGUUUCCUGAAGAAGUCCGAUUCGUCCACCAGCCUACCCUCAGACCGCUCAAGUAGUACCUCCCUACCCUCCCCAGACAUCUCUGAGUUGGGUUCACCCCGCCUGCCCCUCCCGGAGAAGCUCCUUAAGUCCCCACACAAGGACCGCGACGUCACCAACCUCUUGAGGGAGACCUACAAAGGUCCUUCCCAGCGGAACAGCUCGGGGUCACGACCAAACUCAUCCAGCUCUGUGGCAAGCACCUCAUCAACAAGUUCUCGGGAAUCAGGAAGUACAUCGGAAGAUCCCAACAUUCCUCCCGCCUUGCCAGUGAGACGGCCUUCCCAGCCAACUGAAACUUCCGUUCCUCGCACCAUCAUCUUGGAGCCAGCCAGACCUCUACCUCACGAGCUUCCUGAGAAUGGCGAAGCCUCCCCGCCUCCCCUCCCCACCAAGAAGUCUAGCAUCGGAGGCACAACGGCCAUUCACCCCUCCAGGCGUAGGACGGAUUAUGACAAGGCCCCACCGGCAAUACCCGUGAAAUCAGGCCGGUCCCAUUCUCUGGGCGGGGAGGUCGAUUCCCCGAGGCCAUCCAGUGGGGAAUCGGAGGAUGCCCCGCCACCCAUCCCAAGCCGUCCCGAGAAGAGAUCCAGCACCAACCCCUCCCAUUUGGACACACUCCCCUCGCCGCUUGGCCAACGGACUCUGGAGGACAUCCCCGGCUCCCCGCCCCGUUCCCCGUCUGCUGUUUCCCCGCCCCCUCCCAGCAUUCCCCCGCCCGAACUUCCAGAAAACAUCGCAGCGGCACAGGCGGUAGAGCAACUUGCGGGUGAGUUGAAAAACGAAGCCCACGUCAAGCCAAAGGUGCCUCCACCUGUCCCAAUGAGGCCCAAGUCCAGAAAAGGGACUGCGUCUAGUCCUACAGACACCAAUAAUGUCUGAUCUUUGUUUGGUUGUGCAAGAAUUAGUGAAUCAAAUUUUGAUUCCCCUCCCCUUAAAAAAGAUAUCAUCAUCAAAAUCUCAUCCUGGAUAUUUUCCUUUAGCAGCCAGUAGGUCUAAGUCGCCCCAAAAUGUUUAAGACCAAAAGUACCCUACUUACAUGUAGCAGCAUGUAGCAAUUUCAUGCAGUCGCAGAACUAAGCGGGGUAGGGAGGGGAGGGGCCACAGACCCCCACUCAAGGCCUGUGCCCCCUGGUGCCCCCUGCUCCGAAUUCAGGGAAAGGCAGAAAUUACCUUAUCAUUUAAAACCCAAUGAGUGCCUUACCCAAGUGCAUCCGCCCCCCCCCCCCCCCCCCAGCAAAUUGGGCUUCAUAUCGGCCACUGGGCAGCUCUGAAAAAAGUUGACUUCCAACCUCAUUCAUUCUUUCAAAUCAAGUUCACACCUGACAUACAACGCCAUCUUCCUUCUGAAAUUCCCGUCAAGACAAAGUGUGUGAAUUCCAAACAUGAAAUUGAAAUACCUACGGCUGAAUUUUGUAUUUUAAGAUGCCAACAGUUCAUCAUCAUUACGCUGUUUAAAAUUGUCGCAUUGAUUUAUCGUCGCAGGCAUAAAAGAGGAAGAAAACGCUCCAUAGACAACUCACCUACCAUCUUUCAGUUGUUGUUCAAUGUCAUGAGGUCAACAGGUAUUGUUAAGUAUUGCCGUGCGUUUAUUCCAGGUGGUGGGCUAACAAAGAACACAAACAAAACUGGCACCUGUCAACUUGUUUUUGAUAUGUUUUGUUUUACAAGCGUAGCUAGAAGUCCGACGACCAUAAAUGAGCAACAUUUCAAUUACGUCUUAUGCCAAAAUAAGCUCUUUUUAAGUGUACACGUAUAUGUUGUCGUUUGCAUGAUCGCAAGAAAGAAGUGAGUGCAACUUCUGAACUGCUGCGGUAAAUUUCAAAACGAUACAUUUCUGUUUUGCCUUCCGUCUCUUUCACCAGUUUUCAAUUGGCAAACUGGGUUGCAUGGCUGGAUACAGUUUCCUGAAUUUGUUUUGUAGUCAAGGGCCGGUUAGAGCGUUUGCAGUAAUUCCAAAAAUGAUUUGCUUUAGUUUAAGUAAUAGGAAUGUGACUUCAAACAGAAAGUGAGUUCAUUACAGGGUGAGGCAGUUGACAUACGAAGAAAAAAUGGAUUGCAUUUCGGGAAAAAUUUAAACUUCAAAAAUAUGUCUGCAGACAAAAGAAAACUGUGAUUUCAACAUUGAAUACCGUUCUACUUUUAAUUUGGCAUAAAACCCUGAUUAAAGUGAACAGUCAUUUAUAGCAAAACUUUCCAGUCCCCCCCCCCCCCCAAAAAAAG